GCCUCGGCUCCUUUAAGGCUAUGAGGAAUUAAACCGGCAGCGAAGGCAGGCGAGAGUGUUAUUCUGUAAUGCUCCAAGGCAGAGAGGGUAGCGCAGAGACCAAUGCCAUUAUACCGGCUGGGGGAAGAAGAUGCGUGAGCUUGCUGCCUUAUGGCCGGAGAGAGGUGGUGAAGAUGGUCUGAGUUUUGGAUCUAAUCAUUCUGUCGACCGCUUUAGCUUUUCCACUCUUGGUUUUCAUUGUUGUUGAAUUCUCAUGACUUCUUUUUCUUUUUCAGUUGCUUUUUAAUUUUUUUCCAAUUCCUUUUUUUCUCUUUCUCUCUCUCUCUUCCUCUCCGGACAUGCUUUCGUUUUAUCAGUUUCUUACUUCAUUUCAAUGACACAUUUGAUUCACGCAUCCUUACUCUCUAAGUUUUGUUUUUUGCGUUCGUUUGUUUUCCAACCGUUUUGCCACCUGGUUGUAGUACGGAACUGCCGCCUUUUGCCAACGCCGCCGCUCUGACUCAGCAUCGCACCUGGACGACUGUGCGCGCGGAAGCCCCUUUUAGCUGCUCUGUGAGGCGCAGGCGAGGCAACAGCCAGGAAACACCGGAGCACACGGCAGCCAGCGCGAGUCCCAUCGCAGCUUUAACCUAGACAAUCAUACAAGCACAUCCGCCCUUCCAGCGCACAGACGGGAGCGGGUGAGAAGGAAUCGGAACACCAGCCUCUCGGAGCGCAGCCGUGUGACAGAGAGAGACGCGGAGGUAGCCACAGUGUAAAAUCCCCUUCUUUUUGCGCGGAGAGCUGGACUGCUUUUCUUAUAACCUUGCAACUGGCACAUUUAAGGGUGAUCAAGAAUAACCACUGGACAAAGUGCGAGGACAGAGACGAGAGAAGCCUAGCUGAGGGAUUGAAAGGAGCGGGGCAUGUGGAUAUUGGCUUUUAUCUUUUCCCAGAGCAUCUUGAAUGUUUUCAGCGAAGAUCUACAUUCCAGCGUAUAUUUUGUCAAUGCAUCUCUGCAAGAGAUAGUGUUUGCCAGCACCACAGGGACGCUGGUUCCCUGUCCAGCUGCGGCCGUGUCUCCGGCCACGCUGCGCUGGUACCUCGCCACCGGGGAGGAGAUCUACAACGUCCCAGGGAUCCGCCACGUGCACCAGAAUGGCACCCUCCAGAUCUUCAACUUCCUGCCCUCCGGCUUCAGCAAGCUCAUCCACGACAACACAUACUAUUGCACUGCGGAGAACCCCUCAGGGAAAAUCAGGAGCCAAGAUGUUCACAUUAAAGCCGUAUUCCGGGAACCGUAUACGGUGCGCGUGGAGGAUCAGAAAGCCAUGCGCGGCAGCGUAGCGGUCUUCAAGUGCAUUAUCCCUACCUUCGUGGAGGCCUACGUCUCGGUCGUCUCCUGGGAGAAGGACACCAACACCCUCGGCUCAGAUCCCAGAUUUCACAUCACACCCUCGGGAGCCUUGUAUAUCCUGGACGUGGUGACGGAUGAUGGGAACUGGAACUACCGUUGCUUGACGCGGCAUCGCUACACAGGCGAGACCAGGCAGAGCAACAGCGCACGUCUCACAGUAACAGAACCCAUCAACUCAGAGCCUACAAUCCUGGAUGGCUUCGACCGGCGGGAAGUCAUGGUGUCCCACCGGGUGGAACUGCCCUGCAAGGCCAUGGGGUACCCGGCCCCCAAGUACCGCUGGCUGAAGGACAACAGCCCCCUGGAGCGGGACAGCCGGUUCCGGCAGCUCAGCACGGGCCUGCUGAUCGAGAACGUGAGGCCAAGUGAUGCCGGAAGCUACGUGUGUGAGGUGUGGAACUCCCUGGGCAAUGCGGCCAUGGUGGGGCAGCUGCAGGUCAAGCAGCCCCUGAAGGUGGUAGUGAGCCCCCACACUCUGAAGAGCAGCGUGGGCAGCCAGGUGUCCCUCUCCUGCAUGGUCACUGGCUCCGACAAAUACGAGCUGUCCUGGUACCGCAACGGGGAGAUGAUCUACCGCGAGAAAGGUGCCAACCAAGAGACGCUGGUGAUGGAUGGCAUGGUGAAGAGUGAUGGAGGGGUGUACCAGUGCUUCGCCAGGAAGGGGAAGAUGUCCGCCCAGGACUUUGCACAGGUCAUCUUGGAAGACGGCACACCAAAGAUCCUGUCAGCCUUCAGCGAGCGGAUGGUAAACCUGAACGAGCCCGUGUCGCUGGUGUGCAACGUGAAGGGGACUCCGCGGCCGGCUGUCACCUGGACGCUGGACGAGGAGGCCAUCACGGACCUGGGACACUACCGCAUGGGCCAGAUGGUGACGCCAGAGGGACACGUGCUGAGCUACCUGAACGUCUCCCACGCCAAGGUCAACGACAGCGGCAUCUACCGGUGCUCCUGCAACAAUUCGGCCGGCGUAGUCUCCUACCAGGCUCGAAUAAACGUAAGAGGGCCCGCCAACAUCCGGGACAUGAAGAACUUGACCGCCAUCGCUGGGCGGGACGCCUACAUCCACUGUCGGGUGGUGGGCUACCCCUACUACUCCAUCAAGUGGUUCAAGAACUCCGACCUGUUGCCCUUUAACCACCGGCAGCGCGCCUUCGAGAACAACGGCACGCUCAAGCUCUCCAACGUGCAGAAGAGUGCCGACGAGGGCGAGUAUACCUGCCGCGUGCAGGUGCACCCGGACCUCGAGAUUAGCAAGAGCCUACACGUCACCGUCAAAGAACCUCCCCAUAUCCAGCCGUUUGAGGUGCAGGGCUACUCCAUCGGCCAGCGUGUGCUCAUCCCCUGCGUGGUCAUCUCGGGCGACUACCCCAUCUACUUCACCUGGCAGAAGGACAGCAGGCCCAUCCCGGCCAACCUGAGCGUCACCAUCGACAACAACGAGUUCUCCAGCCUGCUCCGCAUCGCCAACCUCUCGUCCGUCCACAACGGGAACUACACCUGCAUCGCACACAACGAGGCCGCCGCCGUCGAACACCAGAGCCAGCUCAUCGUCAAAGUUCCCCCGUCCUUCGUGGUGCAGCCGAUGGACCAGGAUGGGAUCUAUGGGAAGGCCGUGGUGCUUAAGUGCUCCGCAAGAGGAAACCCACGACCCACCAUCGUCUGGAAACACUCACGAGGUAAAGGUGUUCCCCAGUUCCAGCCCAUCCUACUGAACUCGGGUUCCCGCAUCCAGCUGCUGGAGAACGGUUCUCUGCUCAUCAAGCACGUUCUGCAGGAGGACAGCGGCUACUACCUGUGUAAAGUCAGCAAUGACGUUGGAACCGACAUCAGCAAGUCCAUGUACUUCACAGUCAAAAACACGCCUGUUAACUCCACUCUACAGAUCCUGAGCCCAGUGCGCGGCGAUUCCGGUUUCUUCUCCUGCCACGCCAUCAACUCCUACGGGGAAGACAAAGGCAUCAUCCAGCUCACAGUGGAAGAGCCUCCGGACAGCCCCCUGGUGGAGAUUCGCGACGUGCAGGACCGCAUCAUCACCCUGCACUGGAACAUGGUGUUCGACGGUAACAGCCCCAUCACAGGAUAUGACAUCGAGUACAAGAACAAAACAGCUCCCUGGAGCUCGGCCAUCACCACCAAGAACAUCUCCCCGUCCCUCUAUCAGGCCACUAUCAUCGACCUGCACCCCUCGUCCACCUACAACAUCCGCAUGAUCGCCAAGAACCGCAUCAACAGCAGCGCGCCCAGCAACGAGCUCACCAUCACCACCGACGAAGCCAGUCCCGACGGCCCUCCACAGGAGGUGCAGCUGGAGGCCCUUUCGUCCCAGAGCGUCAAAGUCACCUGGAAGCCUCCUCUGCGGCACCUGCAGAACGGCGUGAUCCGCACCUACCAUGUCAGCUACCGCGAGUACACCAAAGAGCAGAACCGCCAGCUCACGCGCAUCACCGUGGACGCCACUGGUGACCAGGAGACGGUCACCCUGGACAACCUGCGCAAGUUCACGCUCUACGAGGUCAUCGUCAAUGCCGAGAACCGAGCUGGCAUGGGCCCUGCCUCUCAAGAGGCCAUCAUGCGUACCCUGGAGGAUGUUCCUAGCCAAGCCCCUGGUAACGUUGUGGCCACCCCCAGUUCCCCUGAGGCCAUCUUUGUCUACUGGUCCCCCCUGCCUAACGACACACUCAACGGUGUGCUGCUGGGCUACCGGGUCAUCUUCUGGGCCAACCUGGCAGACGGAGAGCUGGGUGACAUCCGUAACAUCACCACACUGCAGCCCCGACUGGAGCUCGAUGGCCUGGAGAAGUUCACCAACUACAGCAUCCAGGUGCUGGCCUUCACCCAGGCCGGGGACGGCGUCCGCAGCGGACAGAUCUUCGCCCGCACCAAAGAAGACGUCCCUGGCCCUCCGGCUGGUGUGAAAGCAGCAGCUGCCAGCAGCACAGAGGUGUUUGUGUCCUGGCUGCCCCCUCUGAAGCUCAACGGCAUCAUCAAGAAAUACAAGAUCUACUGCUCCUUCAACUACCCCACGGUAAACAACGACAACGACGCCCCGCCUGAUAAGUACUUCUACCACAUCCACGGCCUGCGUCUCAACCAGCGCUACAGCAUCUGGGUGGUCGCCGUGACGGCAGCUGGCCCUGGCAACGCCAGUGAGAUCAUCACCGUGGAGCCGCUGGAGAAAGCCCCUGCCAGGAUUCUCACGUUCAGUGGUACAGUCACCACACCCUGGAUGAGGGACAUCGUUUUACCCUGCAGAGCUGUGGGAGAUCCCGCCCCCACCAUCAAAUGGCUGAAGGAAACCAACGGCACACCAGCCCCAGUCCAGAUCGACGGCCGCCGCAGCGUGCAUAGCAACGGCAGCUUCAUCAUCCGCACUGUGAAAGCAGAGGAUUCUGGGUACUACAGCUGCGUGGCCAGUAACAGCUGGGGAUAUGAUGACAUCAGACUUAACCUCCAGGUUCAAGUACCACCUGACCAGCCGCGGCUCACCGUCACCAAGACGACGACCACCACCAUCACACUGUCGUGGAUCCCUGGGGACAAUGGAGGCAGCUCCAUCAGAGGCUACAUCCUGCAGUACUCGGAGGACAACAGUGAGAAGUGGGGGAGCUUCCCCAUCAGCCCCAGCGAGCGCUCGUACCGCCUGGAGAACCUCAAGUGUGGAACGUGGUACAAGUUCACCCUCACCGCGCAGAACGCCGUCGGACCCGGGCGCAUCAGUGAGAUCAUCGAGGCCAAGACGCACGGCAAAGAGCCCCAGUUUGUGAAGGAGCACGAGCUGUUCGCCAGCAUCAACUCCACACGUGUGCAGCUCAACCUGAACGGCUGGAACAACGGUGGCUGCCCCAUCACGUCCUUCAUCGUGGAGUACCGCCCGGUGGACAGCAACACGUGGACGCGGGCUCAGCGCAGCUCGCUGACCAAGACCUACAUCCUGUACGACCUGCAGGAGGCCACGUGGUACGAGCUGCAGAUGAAGGUGACCAACAGCGCCGGCUCCGCCGAGAAGCGCAUCAACUUCGCCACGCCCAACGUGGACGGAAGCACCAUAGCCCCCCUGCUGAACACAGUGGUGGAGAGCAGGGAUAAUCUGCCCGGCAACCAGGGCCUGAAGAUGGUGGUGCCCAUCAUCUGCAUCCUGGUGGCCAUCGGCAUGGUCUUCAUCCUGCUGCUGGUGCUGCGCAGGAGGAGGAGGGAGCAGAGGCUCAAGAGACUACGGGAUGCCAAAAGCCUGGCGGAGAUGUUGAUGAGUAAGAACACUCGGACGCCGGACACAGUCAACAAGCAGCAGCAAACGCUGCGGAUGCACAUCGACAUCCCGCGGGCACAGCUGCUCAUCGAGGAGCGCGACACCAUGGAGACAAUCGAUGACAGGUCCACUGUGUUGCUGACUGAUAAUGACUUUGGGGAGACGUCUAAGCAGAAGUCCUCCACUGUCACGCACACAGUCCACUACCAGUCCCUGUCCCAGAGUACCGGCCCACUGGUGGACGUGUCUGACGCCCGACCUGGAACAAACCCCACUGCCCGCCGCACAGCCAAAGCCGGCCCUGCCACCCGCAGCCGCUACGCCAGCCAGUGGACGCUGAACCGCCCGCACCCGCCCAUCUCCUCGCACACGCUCACCACCGACUGGAGGCUGCCCACGCCGCGAGCCACUGGCUCCGUAGACAAGGAGAGCGACAGCUACAGCGUCAGCCCCUCACAGGACACAGACCGAGCCCGGAGCAGCAUGGUGUCGACAGAGAGCGCCUCGUCCACCUACGAGGAGCUGGCGCGGGCCUACGAGCACGCCAAGAUGGAGGAGCAGCUCCGCCACGCCAAGUUCACCAUCACCGAGUGCUUCAUCUCAGACACGUCGUCCGAGCAGAUGACGGCCGGCACCAACGACUACACGGACAGCCUCACGUCCAGCACGCCCUCCGAGUCGGGCAUCUGUCGCUUCACCGCCUCGCCGCCCAAGCCUCAGGAUGCCAGCCGCGUCAUGAACAUGGCCGUGCCCAAAGCCCACAGACCUGGUGGUGAGCUGGUGCACCUGCCCCCGUACCUGCGCAUGGACUUCCUGCUGAACCGCGGCGUGGCAGCGGCGGCGGCGGCGUCCUCGUCCUCCUCGUCGUCGGGCCGCGAGGCCACGGGCCAGACCUGCCUGGAGCCGCAGAAGAGCCGCACGCUGAAGCGGCCGGCCCUCACGGUGGCGCCCACCCCCAGCGACUCCACGCCCGUGUCCUCCUCGGGGCCGCCCAGCCGCGAGGUGCAGCAGUGGCAGCCCGGGACAGCCUCCACGCUGCCGCAGCGGGAGCCGGGGGACCUUGCCCAGGCUCAGGCCGCCAAACUCAGCAGCUCCCAGGAGUCCCUGCUGGACUCCAGAGGGCACCUCAAACAGAGCAACAACCCUUACGCAAAGUCCUACACCCUGGUAUAACACAGGGGGCACCUGUCCACCCCACCCCUCCCCAAGCCCCCACCACUACCC